GAAAACUCCAGAAGCAAUCGCAUAAACAAAAUAUGGCAGCGCCCUGUGACAGGGAUUCAUUGCUCGCUUAAGUGCACUAGUGGUGAAGGUCACCCAAUAAGAUUGGGUCAUUUGACUCAAUUGGUGAUACAAAUUACGACACGCUACGGGUCCGUACUUAUCUAUCCAGUACAUCUAACGACCUGCGAACAUUCAGUGUGAUAUUUCGCCGCCAGGUAACAGCUUUCAACACACAGGAGUAAUUAUACAGCCAAACCGUUGUUAUGACGUCGCUGACUGGCGUUUAUCCGUUUUCACCGGGGGCUUUCCGGGUGACUGAGGAUAUGAAGAAACAAUUCGAUGACCAAGGCUACAUCUUAGUCAGGAGCCUUUUUGACCAGAAAGAGAUGACUAAUCUGAGGAGAGUGUUUGAGGAUACAGAUAUCAUCCAGGAGAACGGAUACGGUGUAGCUGAUGGACAAGGAAAGAAAGCGACAAUGCUUUUAUGGAACCAACCCGGAAGUGACGUAUCUGGAAUGAUGGCACGUUGUGAGAAGGUCGCCAAUACAUGUGAAGAUCUGCUGGGCGGAGAAGUUUACCACUACCACUCCAAACUGAUGUACAAGGAACCCUACACUGGUGGCUCCUUUAUGUGGCAUCAGGAUUACGGGUACUGGUAUCACAACAGCUGUCUGUUUCCCGACAUGAUGACGGUGUUCGUAGCCAUCGACAAAUGCACCCGAUCAAAUGGAUGUCUGGAGAUCCUACCUCGGUCCAACAAAUGUGGCCGCAUUGCCCAUGGACAGGUAAACGGCCAGUCUGGUGCCGACGUAGAACGAGUGUCUGCUAUCGAGAAAGUUUACCCCAGGGCUUACGUCGAGAUGGAUCCAGGUGACGCUUUAUUCUUCCAUUGUAACUUGUUGCAUGCGAGUUCUGCGAAUGAAAGUCCUGACAGGCGAUGGGCAUAUGUUAUGGCCUACAACACUAAGGCCAACAACGCCAUACUGCCCCAUCACCACGCUCAAUACACACCCCUGCAUAAGGUGCCCGACAGUGCCGUAGGAGAGUGUACCAAUUACAACGACUUCACUGGAAAAGACUUCUUUGACCCGACCGACCACGAUUCGCCCAAAGUCGCUCUUCUCAAAUCACAAGCGAAGUGGGAAAAGUAGAAAUGGAAAUUCACAUGAUUAGCUAACAUUAGCUUUAACGUUUAAAAAAUUUUGCCGACUCAAGUAUAUUGUAUAGUACCUUGCACAUGACUUGCAUGAAUAGUUGAUGAUGAAAGGUCAGUGUUACAUUCAAUAAAACAGUUACUUUAGUGGAACUUA